AUGUCCUCCGACGCGACACAGCGCCCGCUCACCCCUCCCGACCCCCUCGAUAGCCCCUCAGUCUCCUCCAAAAAUGAUGCCUCCGCGAUUGCCACAGCUCUCCAUGUCAUGUCCACCGAGCGCGCGGCCCUAGCGCACCUCGAACACCUUUAUCAGAACGAUGCGCGGGCCCAGCAGGAUCUUGCGCGCGCGGUGGACUUGAUUGCGCAUACGGUGCGUGCAGCGGGCAAGUUGGUUGUAUGUGGGGUGGGCAAGAGUGGGAAGAUUGGACGCAAGAUCGAGGCUACGAUGAAUAGUUUGGGGAUUUACAGUGCUUUCCUGCAUCCGACGGAGGCGUUGCAUGGGGAUUUGGGAUUGGUUCGACCGAACGAUACGAUGCUUCUUAUCUCGUUCUCUGGUCGCUCGCCGGAGUUGCUCUGUCUGCUCCCAUAUAUUCCUACCACAGUUCCUAUCAUCGCUCUCUCGUCUCAUACUCAGCCCGAUGCAUGUCCUUUACUUUCUCUGCAUGGUCCCCUCGGUAUGGGAGUUCUUUUACCUGCGCCUAUCCAUGAGGAAGAGGAAGCUUCUCUGGGCGUCAGUGCCCCGACAUCAUCGACGACGGUAGCGCUGUGUCUGGGAGACGCCUUGGCCAUCGCUACGGCACGGAAAUUGCACACUGAUCCAGGACGUGGCCCUGCCGAUGUCUUCCGUAGUUACCACCCCGGAGGUGCUAUUGGAGCAGCGGCAGCAGCAGCUGGAGCGACGCCGUCGACUACACCAUCCAGUGGGGUGUCGACGACGGCUUUUGACUCUCCUUCUUCAUCUAUUUCAUUGCCCUGGGAGGAUUUCUCAAACGGCUCGUCUAUCCCGCCUUUUACUCUUCAACAACCUCCCGAGCAUCGUUUAAUACCCUUGGACAUGCUCGUCCCUCUCGAUCAAAUCCCGACAGCCUCGAAAUCCCCUGCUAGCGAUAUACGAUUACUGGACAUACUCCUCACAGCUAUCCAACAUCCAACCGCGAAGUCCUGGGUCUUCCUAUCAGAUUCAGAAUUAGUCCCGCCUCGACGAAUCCGCUCUCUUCUUUCACGACAUACGGAUGUCGACCUGCUCGUAUCUGAUGCCGUGGCUCAAGACUCUGGCCGACCGCUAUCCGUAUCUCGGGCGAAUUGGUUCCUGGUGGCUGAAUCCACCCCACUGGCCGAGCUGCGUCGUCUCGUCUCCACAUCCCGAGAUGGCCCAGAUCCUAUAUCAGUUAUUGCCGUCGUGAAGGAUAUUGCUUCUCCGGAUAGCUGCAUUGGGGUUAUGGAGGCUGAGGAUCUUUGGAGUGGAUAA